AUGUCGGAACAUCAAUACAAGUUCAACGUCUCGAUGAGCUGCGGCGGCUGCUCGGGUGCUGUCGAGAGAGUCCUUAAGAAGUUGGACGGCGUCAAGUCCUUCGAUGUUAGCCUGGAGAACCAGUCUGCUACCGUUAUCACUGAACCCACGGUGUCCUAUGACACUGUCUUAGCUUCGAUCAAGAAGACUGGAAAGACUGUCAACAGCGGGGAAGCUGAUGGUCAGCCUCAGAGUGUUUGA